AUGACUUCACCUCAAUCUAUUAACCCGGCGUCGAACAGCAACACGGCCGCCUCGGCACCGUCUUACGCUUCUGCUGCCGGUGCAAAGACGUCGACGCCUGUGGUUGCCACUGGCUCGAAUCCUCCCAUUGUCGCUCCCGGUUCCUCAGCAUCUGCACCGCGCCAUGCUAAAUCGUCUUCGAUCUCGCCUAUGAACGGCCGACCCAACAUUAUGCCCGCUAUUCCUAACGUUCCUCCUGUAGCACACGGCACAUUGAAUGCGAACGGACUGGCCGACCACAGCCGAAAGAGUUCGGUUACUAUGAGCGCGAACGGACCUAACAGUUAUUCGACUAACGGCGGUACCGCAGGAGGCAAAGCUAGUAUCCAAUUUGGAUAUCAGUCGCCGGCUGUAUCUACUAGUGAUCCUAAGUUGGGAUCUGCUCCCAUUCCUAUACCCGACAGCAACCCACGUGUUACCUCUCCUCAGAAUUCCCCGUCUCCUAUUCCGCAGCCUUCUGCUAGCGGUGGACGACCCCCUUCUGGAACUGCCCAGCAGGGUAUGACCUUUGGCAGUUUUGGUGGUGAGAGCGAUCGUCCUCACACACGAACGACAUCUAUGUCGCAAGACCCUAGCUCUUUGGCUUCCCAGCAUUCACCUCACAUGAGACGCGGUUCGAACGUCAGCGACAUGAGUAACCAAGGUCCACCCCACAUGGGGCGAGGCAACUUCCAGUCCGCUGGUCGUGGCCGAGGAUUUUCGAACAACACGUACAAUCAACCGAUGGGAUACCCCCCUAACCACUACAACAGAGCUCCCCAGAACCCGGGACGAGGCGGUAUGCCUCCCGCGUUUGGAAAUCCACGCCAGCAGCAGUAUGGCACCCCCCCGCCUCACAACAGGAGUCCUGCACUUCCACCAGCGAUGCCGCAUCCUCCCAACAUGCCCCCUACUGGCAUGCCUCAAUUCUACUAUCCACCCCCGCCCAUGGGGCCCCAACAGGUACCUCAAGUAAAACACCCUUCUCCCUUAUUAUCCCUUAACAAUGACCGGUCGUACCUCAAAGUUGGCAAGAGAAAGGGAAACCGGCGUGAGUCUGAGAAAUUCUCGAAUCAGCACCGGCGAACGGACUCUUUCAGCAAUGAGCAGCAAGACUUCAGUCACAAAAAUAGACGCUAUAGUAAGCGUCCAGAUCAGAGAUUUGUUAUGGAUGGUUCACGACGUCGUGGUCAGGCCCAGUUCGAUAGAAUGGAAUCGUCACGCGUUACGGACAAUCCAACGAUUACUCUGCAGCAGCAGCAUUUUCCUAUUGUCACUUCGUUUUCACCGAGCUCUACUGGACGCAUAGAUCUGUCGCCAGAGAGCGGCAACUUUGACCGAUUGCUAACCACAAGUCAGCAGGGAUACUAUCCUCAACAGUUUGACCCUAACAUGCGGCCUGCCAUGCAUGUACCUGGAUAUCCAGUAUACCCAAUUAUGAACCAGGGUCAAUCACCUGUACCAGCGUAUCAACAGCCCUAUACAGCAGGUCCCUACAACCCCCCCGGAGGACAACCUAUGUCUCGUAACUCUUCCCAGGUAUCCACCGAACAUCGACCCGCAUCAAGCACCGGCCAAACCCAGGCGCCAGCUGUUGCCCAAGGCACCCCACAGCCCCAGCCUGCACAGAUCAAGCCUGCAGUCGUGGCAUCUCCUCAAUUUAACCGUCCACCUAAAAAGAAUAUGGCCAUAAAAAUCAAGAACGCAAUGGGUGAGACUGUUGAUGUUAGUAGCCUUAAAGUACCAGCCUCGCCCGCGCCAAGUAACCAACAAUCUAAAACACCACCCGUUAUUGCCUCUACACCUACACCGCCUCCAAAAGCAACCACACCAAAACUUGCCACGCCUGCACAACAUUCACGCGCCGAUAGCGUGAGCAACUCUAAGACUGCUGAAGAAGUGAGGAACGAAUUUAAGGAGAAGAUGAAGCAAGCGGCUAGUGCAGAUAAAGCAAAGGAGGAAGAACUCGCCAAGGCGGCUGCCGCCGAGAAGGCUAAAGAAGAGGAGCGAUUGAAGGCCGAACAAAAGGCCCAGGAAGAGGCUAAGGCCGCGGAAGAAGCGAAGGCACGUCAAGAAACCGAGGAGAAAGAGAAGGCUGAACGCGAAGCGGCGAAGGCAGCCCCGAAGGAAGAAGAGAAGAAGGAAGAACCUUCUAAAGCUACAGACGAACCUGACGAGGAGGAACUUGAGCGAAUCAUCCGUGAGAUGGAGGAGGAAGACGCGAGACGUGAGAAGGAGGAAGAAGAGCGCCGCGUUAAGUACGAGGCUGAAAAGGCCGCCAAGAAGAAGGCUGAAGAGGCGACUCGAUUGGCGAGUGCUGCUGAUAACGACCGCAAACUCCGCGAAGCCGAGGCAGAGAUGGAACGACUUGAGGACGAAAAAGAGCGCAAACGUGCUGAAGGUUCUAAGGCGCCAACAGUCCAAGAGCUCAUUAAGCAAUCAACCGGCAAGUCAACAGACAAGACCGACGCUCCCUCAGCAAGCGAAACCACUUCGAAAUUGGCCAAUUUGUCUCUCACCGACAAACCCUCUUCUAGCGCAAGUGGCAAACCUACCCAAGGUGGACGUGGCCCCAAGCCGGCUGCUCUCAACCUCGCACCUCUCAACACUAAGUCUGUUGAGCCUCCUCAACCCAGUGCCGCUUUACAGUCCUUGAAGACGGCGAGACUUCUGGGUUCUAGUUCUAUUAAGGCAGAUCUGUACCCUCCAGGAAUUCAGUCACCAAACCCGGCGUUGAAUGCGGCGGUCGCGAGAAAAGGCACUUCAUUCAAGUACGACUCUGCCUUCUUGCUCCAAUUCCAGAAAGUAUUCACGGAACAGCCGUCUCUUGAUUUCCAUCAGCAGGUCAAGACUCUCAUCGGUGAUGGCGAGAGUGGUCGAUCUGCCUCCGCUCGAACUCCUGCCGGCCUUUCUGGCCGACAGAACUCUAGACCAGGUGCCCCUGGCAUAGCCGGAUUUGGAAGCUUCGCCGCUCCCAUUGGCCGAACAUUACCGCCCGGAACUACGUCUGCCCAACGAUUUGAGAUGAGCAGCGAUAGUAAGGGACGAACUCCUAUUAACCCGAUGGCCAGCUUUGGCCGACCAGGAGGUGUAUUCCCUGGUGGUAGCCAAAUGGCCCGAACUCCGUCUAGCUCCAACAUGAGCAUGCCGCAUUCCCCACGACAAGGAAGCCGCCGGAACGCGAGCAAGCAGAAUACCUUUAAUGCUAAGCAUGAAGCUCAGGCCGCGAAGACCAUGCCACUUACGCAGGGUAUGAAGAUCGAGGCCCUUAACGUUUCAUCGACGGGUUGGAAGCCUAGCAGCGUUGGCAAGGCCGCCGCAAGUAAUGCACCCACCCCAUCCGCCCUACUUGAUCCAUCCAUGGUUCAGCGUAAGGUGAAGGCCGCUUUGAACAAGAUGGCUCCCGAGAAAUUCGACAGGAUUUCGGACCAGAUCCUCCAAAUCGCUGCACAGUCCAAGGACGAGACUGACGGUAGAACUCUUCGCCAAGUCAUCCAGCUUACUUUCGAGAAGGCCACCGAUGAGGCUCAUUGGGCGUCUAUGUACGCCAAAUUUUGUAAGAGAAUGCUGGAGAUGAUGAGCUCUGAGAUUCGGGACGAGAACAUAAAGGACAAGAAUGGCCAGGUCGUUAGCGGUGGUGCAUUAUUCCGAAAGUACCUGCUUAACCGAUGCCAAGAAGAGUUCGAACGUGGCUGGAAGAUGGCCCUCCCAGACGCACCGGAAGGGGAGGAAGCCAAGACUCAGGAAGCUGUUAUGCUCUCCGAGGAAUACUAUGCCGCUGCUGCCGCCAAACGUCGUGGGCUCGGAUUGGUUCAAUUCAUCGGUGAACUGUACAAGCUUGGUAUGCUCACUGAGCGUAUUAUGCACGAAUGUGUUAGAAAGUUGGUGGACUACCAAGGUGUUCCCGACGAGGCCGAGAUCGAGUCUCUCUCUAAGCUGCUUCGAACUAUCGGAGGUAACUUGGAUAGCACCGAGAAGGGCCGGACCAUGAUGGACGUCUACUUCGUUAGAAUCCAGGGCAUGGUCGAUCUACCUGACCUCCCUAGCCGUCUGAAGUUCAUGCUUAUGGACAUUGUGGACCUGAGAAGAGCCAACUGGAUUUCCAAGGAAACCAACAAGGGCCCUAAGACGCUCGAAGAAGUUCGUGCCGAAGCUGAAGCUGCUGCAGCUCAGAAGGCUGCUGAGGCCGCACGUACCAAUCAGAGAGGUGGUCCUGGCCGUCCACAGAUCGGCCGUGGCGACGCUAGGAACUUUUCUGGCUAUGCCCAGCAAGCCCAGAACCAAGUCGGCAUGGACGACCUGCGUCGUUUGAAGGGCGGUGCUAACCGUACUUCGAGCUCGAACGUCACAUUGGGACCUAUGUCGAUGCUCAAUUCUCGAAGCAAUAGCGGCCGACGCCUGGGCCCUGGUGGCUCUCUGAGCAGAGGAGCCGAAGACUCUGGAGCCUCCUCCAGAACCGGUACUCCUCCCGUAAGAGAAACGCAAAGCAGUAUCAACUCCUUUAGCCUACUUGCGAACAUGGAUUCCGAGAAUCCGGCGUCUCCGCCAUCCACCGCGGCGUCUCCUGCUCUUGCCAAAGUUGCCCCAGAUACUACAGCUGCGGCUGAGAAGGGUGGCAACUAA